AUGGCAAACGACCACCAUACCGCACCACCCAGUUUGGCCCUCUGUGUCACUACCAAAGACUUCGAGGCAGCUGCAAAAACAGUUCUUCCAAAAGAAGCAUGGGUCUAUGCCUCCAGUAGCGCAGCCUCGGGUCUAUCACUCCAAUCCAAUCUAGAUGACUGGUCUCGAAUCAACUUCCGCCCUCGCAUCAUGAGGAGUGUUAGAUUGCCGAAUCCAACUCGGUAUAUCCUGGGUCAACCCGGCAGUCAGCCAUUCUUCGUCUCGGCUAUGGGAGUACUGGGUGAGGCACACCCAGGCGCAGAGCCCUUGCUAGUGCGAGGAGCUACCCGGAAGGGCUUACAUAUCGUGGUCAGCACGGCAUCAACUAAGUCCUUGGAAGAGAUUAUGAAGGCCCACCUUGACGAGCAGUGUCAACUCGGUAAUCAGAGCCCGUCCAAGCUGGCCUUCCAGUUGUACGUCCCCGUGGAUCGGAAUUUGGCUCGAUCACUGAUUCGGAGAGUCAAAGCGGCUGGCUAUCAUAGUCUAUGGAUUACAGUAGACACUUCUACACUGGGAAAACGAACGGCAGCUCGCUACCUGCAAGCACAAGAAGCUGUCGAUCAAGGAGGUCAACAGACAGUUCCGGAGGCUGCAGCUGGUAAUGCCUUUGGUCCCGCGUUAGGCGGCCGGCCUGUGCCGGGGUCCCUGGACCCCGGUCUCAAUUGGGAGGAGUUGGCAUGGAUCACCGACGAGUGGGACGGACCGAUCGUUCUGAAGGGGAUCCAAACCGUCGAAGAUGUCAAAUUGGCCGUUCAACACGGCGUGCAGGGCGUCCUUUUGAGUAAUCACGGUGGUCGACAGAUUCAUUCGGCCCCCAGCGCACUAAUGACCCUAUUGGAAACCCGUACGUACUACCCAGAGGCGUUUGACAAGUUGGAGAUCUUUGUCGACGGUGGUCUCCGGGAUGGCGCCGACGUCCUCAAGGCUUUGUGUCUUGGGGCAACCGCUGUAGGAGUGGGUAGGCCAUACUUUUAUGCCAUGGCAGCCUAUGGUAUAGAAGGCGUCGAGAAGUGCACUGACGUCCUUGCCGAGGAAGUUGAAAUUACGAUGAAGAUGCUGGGAGUUUCUUCGUUUGACCAACUGCGGCCAGAGAUGGUCAACGCCAGCCGACUUCUAAAUGAAAUGUGGCGACCGGACAUCUGGUGGAACAAAUCCAAGUUGUGA